GGCAGCCUCGUCAGCGCGCGAUGAGCUGCGCUCGAGCGGCAGCGGGUCCCCUCCUGUGGCGCCUGCGUCCGGGCGCUCGGCCGCCGCUCGCAGCUUCUGCAAGAAUUGAUGUCAGGUUCCGAAGUUCAGGAGUGACCUUAGACAAUAUCAACAGGACAACUGUGGACCCAAUAAUCCGGGUGGAUCAUGCUGGUGAAUAUGCUGCAAAUCGCAUCUAUGCAGGCCAGAUGGCUGUGCUGGGCCGGACCAGUGUUGGGCCCAUAAUUCAGAAAAUGUGGGAUCAAGAGAAGAACCACUUGAAAAAGUUCAAUGAGUUGAUGGUGGCACUCAGGGUCCGGCCAACGAUUCUGAUGCCCAUUUGGAAUGUGAUGGGCUUUGCACUGGGGGCAGGAACUGCCUUGCUGGGGAAGAAGGGUGCGAUGGCCUGCACCGUGGCAGUGGAGGAGUCCAUAGCCCAUCACUACAACAACCAGAUCAGGACGCUGAUGGAGGAGGACCCUGAGAAGUAUGAAGAGCUGCUUCAGGUGAUCAAGAAGUUUCGGGAUGAGGAGCUUGAGCACCAUGACAUAGGUCUUGACCAUGAUGCAGAAUUGGCCCCAGCAUAUGUCUUGCUGAAGAGAGUUAUCCAAACUGGAUGCAGUGUAGCCAUAUAUCUCUCGGAGAGGUUUUGAAGUGUGCCUGCUGACCUAUGUCUGUAAGAGAUAGUGGAAAUUUAAUGAAGAACCUUUGAGAGGACUGUACAAUUAUCAACGUGUGAGUUUUGUUAAUAAAUAAAUUUUUUUCUACUAAUAAAA